AUGUUGGUCGCACGCCUGCUAUCUGACAUUGUCUGGAGCUCGUGGUCGAAGCUGGCCUAUUGUCCUUCAUUCUUCCGCUUUCACUUCUCAGUUAUUCUCUGUGUUUUUGCGGACAUGCUCUGCGGACUAGGGCAUGUUCUGUCCAUCAGGUGGGUGCUCGAAGGCGAAGUUACCUCGGGCCCAUAUUGUACAGGACAGUCGGUUUUAAUGCAGAUCGGGAAUAAUGGCGUCGCUUGGUUUACCACAGCAAUUGCGGUAUUGACAUACCUUCAGGUCGUUCACCGGGACUUCUUAGGCAAAAACGGAGCAAGGGUUUUUGUAGUGGGAUGCAUUUGCUUUACAAUCGUAUUCGCCACGUUGGUCGUUGCGAUUCCUGCUUCGAUCAACCAUCCAUAUUAUGGCAACGCUGGGUUGUGGUGUUGGAUCUCUGGCACAAAUGCUAGCCGCCAGAGGUUGCGGUUCGCUUCACAAUUUGUGUGGAUCUGGGUUGCGAUAACGGUUUCGAUCGCCGCAUAUGGUUGGGUAGCAUACAAGUGGCUACGUCAGGCGCCUUUUCGUGCUUACUAUGACCUUAGGCGAGCUGCGAUUGCGAUGGGAUGGUAUCCUAUUACUUAUCUUAUCGUCGCUACUCCUACGUCUGUGGCUCGUUUCCGUCAGUUCCAUGGCUAUAAGCCAACCCUGGCAUGCGGAUCUUCCCCUAUGCCCUUGCUGCCUCACAUGGGGCCAUCAAC